AUGGAAUACGAUGAACCUAUUCACCUCCAACCGAUUCGUAACACUCCUUCUACAGUUGAGAACUCUGUUCUCUACUCGUCACCCUCUGACGGUUCUUCACAUAUCACCAUAAAUCUGGCGAGAAAUGAGUCUGCCUACACGAUAGAGCGCUCUCCAAAUGUUGUUCAAAAUUUCUUGUCAGAAAUAGAUCCUAAAAGUCCAAUAUCACUCACUUGGCAAAAUGCGAAUCUUAUGGGAAAAGAUCACUUCAAUUUAAAUCUGCCGUUACUUGUGAGCGCGAUGCAUACUGGAAUGCACUUCCUGAUUACAUUAGUAUUGAUGAAAGGUUACCUACCCUCAUUCUAUAAAAAGUCAGAAGAGAAACCUGUCUCCUCGGAUAGUUAUCUGAGUCGAGUGGUUCCUUGUGCUCUUACGGCGGCUUUUGAAAUAUGCAUGGCCAAUGCUUCGCUCGUGUUUAUCACUUUGAGUUUCUACACCAUGGUAAAAUCUUCAACACCAAUAUGGGUGCUCAUGUUCGCGUUCAUCUUUAGAUUAGAACAACCCAGAGUUAUUUUAGUAUUCAUAAUAUUUGUCAUAAGUACCGGUGUGGUGAUGACGGUUUUUGGAGAGACUCAAUUCAAUCUAAUAGGUUUUUUGUUGGUUUUGGGAGCAUCGGUGGUUAGCGGAUUGAGGUGGUCAUUAACACAAAUACUACUCCAAAAAGAAUCAUCCAUGAACGAUCCGGUGGCCACCCUUUACUACAUAUCACCAGUCAUGUUUAGUACAAUGUCAAUUCUUUCCCUACUAUUAGAAAACCCUUAUCAUGUUUUCACCACUUCCGAACAUUUCAAAGAUUUUGAAACCUCAAUUAGUACCUUUGCACUGAUGAUGUCUGGAGGACUUCUUGCAUUUUUCAUGACUCUCUCAGAAUUUGCGUUGAUCAAGAACACCAGCACGGUGACAUUGUCAGUUGCCGGAAUUAGUAAAGAGAUAGUAAUGAUCACGUUGUCCGUCCUCAUAUAUCACGACAAAUUAACAUCACUGAAUGUACUCGGGCUUUUUGUUUCAAUAUCGGGAAUUGCUGGUUAUAAUUAUUAUAAGGUUAUGAAGAGCAAUAAUGUAAUUGACAAAAAAGGAAGAUAUCAAGUAUUAUCCAUACAUAAAAAUGAACAGCUGGACUAG